AUGUUUAGUAAUUCGUCACCAUCAUCAACUGCCAGCAGCUCCUACAGCCUCCCACCAGAGUUGCAAAGUUUCCUUACCAAGGGUUCCGCACCUGACAACCAGUCAAACUUAAGCAAAACCCCUUUAAUAACCGAGUGUGAAGGAAAUGCUCCUCAGCCCACAACAACUCCCGCCUCGAUUUUUUCCCGUCGUCUUUUUUUAUUCUCAGCUGCGUCUGAGUAUGAGCCAGAGACAUUUCGUGGUCUUUCUCGGCGACAGCGCUUAUUUUACUUUGGUAUCUCAGUUUUAUGCUCUUCUUUAUUCUUUUCAUUUGCUCUUAUAUUCGUUCCAUUGCUCUCUACACCCGCAGGUCUAAGAAAGUUCGUUUUUAUGUACAUACUUGGCAAUUUUACUCUUUUGUGCGCUUUUGCUUUCGCCUAUGGACCGUGGACUUUUGUGAAGAAACUAGUGACACUCGACAAGCUCCCUUCGACUCUCAUCUAUUGCGGAAGCUUGUUCUUCGGAAUUUUCGGAGUCUUGUGGUGGAGGAGUACAAUGUGUGCUUUUCUGGCAGUCAUCAUCCAGAUUGGAUUGGGCGUGUGGCAGCUGAAGCAAUUCAUAUGGGGCGGUGCGAAAAUGCUGUCCCUUGUAAAUAAGAUGUCGUCUUUUCGGUUUGGCAGAUCAUCGAAUUCGAACCUUCCAAUUUGA